AACUUGAAAGAAAAAUAAUCAGUUCAUCAGCAUCUCUCUCUCCGAGGCCCGGUCCAGGGAGGGAAUGCAGACCCAGAUAGAAGAUUCCCAGUUACUCGUAUGAAAAAAAAAUGGCUUUAUGGUCCGAACUCCGAAGAAUCCCCUUCGGCUGAAAUGGGUUUCCGUUUUCCGACCAUUAUCUUCCCAGAAAUUUGAAUAGCAAAGCUUCGAUUUCGAUCGCUUCCCAUCUCUCUUUUAUCACUUCUUAUUGUCGAUAGAAGCCGGUGAAAAAACGCGCCAUGGGUCGGCCUCCCAGUAAUGGCGUUCCGGCUUUCCGAUUCACCCAGACCGAGGUAGCGGAGAUGGAAGCAAUCUUGCAAGAGCAUAAUACAGCAAUGCCAGCUCGGAAUGUUCUUGAAGCUCUUGCCGAUAAGUUCAGUGAGUCGGCGGAUCGGAAAGGGAAAAUUGUUGUUCAAUUCAAGCAAGUCUGGAACUGGUUUCAGAACAGACGAUAUGCACUUAGAGCACGAGGAAAUAAAGCCCCGGGGAAACUGAAUGUAUCCUCGAUGCCCCACGAUGACCAAUCAAACCAAACGAGAAGCAUGUUUCACCCUGUAGUUGUUCCCAAGACCAGUCAUAUGCCUGCAAAUGUCUCUGCCCCUACGCCUUCUCCUUCGGUUCCUGGUGUCACGAGGAGCGGCUCAGAAAACUCGUACUUGGAAUUUGAAGCUAAAUCAGCAAGGGACGGUGCAUGGUAUGAUGUGCAAGCUUUUUUAGCUCAUAGAAACCUGGAGACUGGUGAUCCGGAAGUCCAGGUUCGAUUUGCUGGAUUUGGAGUAGAGGAGGAUGAAUGGGUAAACGUGAAGAAACAUGUCAGGCAACGGUCACUCCCUUGUGAGGCAUCUGAAUGCGUCGCUGUUCUUCCCGGAGAUCUCAUACUUUGUUUCCAGGAAGGUAAAGAUCAGGCUCUUUACUUUGACGCCAUUGUUCUCGACGCACAAAGGAGGAGACACGAUGUUAGAGGUUGUCGGUGUAGGUUUUUGGUCCGUUACAGCCAUGACCAGUCCGAGCAGGAAAUCGUGCCGUUGCGGAAGAUUUGCAGGCGGCCCGAGACAGAUUACAGGCUACAGCAACUCCACAAUGCUGCAAGCGAAGCGGGAAACUCAGACCGACACCCGAGAUCCACUCCAGAAACCGCUACAAAAGCCACAAUUACGGAACCUAAAGCCUCUGUUUUGUCAGAUGCAACCGAGCAGGUGCAACCGAGCUCCAGUGGUGUGGCUAUCACGGCUGCAGCCGGGGGUUCAACCCAGCUCUAGUGCGGCUCCUGUUCCGACUGGUUUCGUUUAGGAUGUAAAAUUCUUGUAACUCGUGUUGUUGCGCCAUUUUCCACAUUCACUAGUGGUGAGUGUUUAACUUGGAAGCAUAUAUCUGUAGACUGUAGUUGUACGGAAUGUCUGAAUCCUAUAUUAACCGUAUUUGGUAUUGAUGGAGGAAUUCUGGUUUUCCGGUUUUGUUUAAUGUAUCGGUAUGGUUUGGUUA